GACUGUUAUUUUGAAAGCCCUAUUUGGUGGACAUUAAGAACAAAACCGAAUCACAUCUCAGGAUAUGCAGCACAUAUCUGUUAUGGGCUAAAAUAGAUCAGCAUCACCACCAGCAUCAUGGGGAAAACCCAAACCUGCAUUUUGUGUGAAAUUGUCUACAACUCCAAACAGGAGAUGAAUGAGCACAUGAGAAGUAUGCUGCAUCAUCGGGAGUUGGAGAAUCUUAAAGGCCGGGACUGCGGGCAUGAGUGCCGGGCAUGUGGAGUAACUGUUGUAAGCCUGACGGAGUAUGCAGAUCACAUCUCCAGCUCCAAGCACAAGCAACGUGUUGAAGCCCAUGACCACCAGAUAUCGAAAACGGACCAGGACGAGGACUACUUUGACAAAGAGAUGGUAGAGCUCAUCGAAAAACGAAAAGAAUUCAUCAGACAAGAGGAAGCUGCUUUGAAGAGGGCUAGAGAGGAACAGGCGACCAUGAGAAAGUGGAAAGAUAUGAAGGACCAGUGGCAUGAUCCCAGAAAAUGGCACCAACAGCAAGGUGGUUCUUGGGGCCCUCGAUUUUCCAACUUUUCCUUGUCAUCCAGAAUUGGGUUAAAUGCCAACUUGCAAGAACCACGUAGGGGCCCAGAGUUUGAUCGUGACAACUGGAACAAACGGCAGAUUAGGAGUGCCACUUGGCAUGCUGAAGGGCCACCUGACUUGCAGAGAUGGCAAUCCUUAGAUGGACGAGGUGGUAGCUUGCAUAGCAGGGGAAACUAUUGGGGGGCUGGACCAGGCACCUAUGUAAAUUGCUUCCCACAACAGAGAAACCAGUUACCCUGGUCUAACAGAGAAGGCAAUAGAGGUAACUUUGAAAGACAAAACGACUUGCAUUGGCAACCCUUCAAAGGUAAUCAUUGCACUGCACCAUCUAGGACACAUCACAACCAGAAACCACAUCAUAGUACAGAAGCCCAGAAGAAGUGCAACAAAAGACAGGAUGGUGCUGGAGAAAAUGAUCCUGGAAAGGGCAAGGGAAGGCCAGACAAGGCCCACCGUUGGGCACCAUAUCCUCCAGGUUUGCUUGGAGAGCCUUCAGCUCAAAGUGAUAUGCAGCCUGGAUCAGAUAAGGUGAAUUCUGACUCCUCUGAACAUAGUAACAAAAGAAGAUUAAAUGCCAGCACUCAAAGCUUGGUGGGGCAGUCACAAACAGACCUUGAAAGCAGCCUCCUUGAAUCCUCUAAGGCCAAGCAAGAAUAUGAGAAAGAUCACAGUAAGCAAAGCACCUGUCCUAAUAAGAAAAUUAAAAACAGUGGAAAAAUGCAGAGACGUACAUCUUCACCCUCUUCUACAUUGCCUUUUCUUAAUCAGAGGAUUGAGAGAUCCACCAAGCAGUGUGAAAAAAAGGCCACUGCUAACACUGAUUCAGUGACUAAUCUCAGUCGAACAUCAAGUCAAGAUUCUGUUAACUCUAAAGCUUCAAAGCUUUCUCAUGCACGUUCCAAGUCCGCUCUAAGUGUUUCCAUCGAUCAAGAGCAAGAAGAUCUGAUUUCUGAAAUGCUGUGCAAGGCAAAGGAGAACCUUUUGUGUAAGCAAAUCUCAGUAAAAAACCCUGCCACAGAGGAUGACCUCAGAGGUCAGCUGCAUAUCCAAGAGGACAAGUUGAUAGGAGGUUCAAAGCUGAGCAGGGCUAAAGAACACUGUAACAAUAAGAGGAAAUCAGAUGAGAACCACGACCGAAGGAAAGAAGAGGAGAACAAUGGAAGAAGCGAAGAAUGGCAGUCCCUUGAAAAAACUGAAACUGUUGUGCAAUCAGGCUGCUCAACAAAAGACAACAAUCUGCUGUCUCUGCAAUCGCUGCAGGUCAGCACUUCCACCAUGGACCGGGAAGAUGAGGAAGAAUGUGCAGAAAGGGAAGAUCUCGUCAGAGAUCAGGAAAUACAAGCUAUGGAUGAAGGCAUUAUGUCUGACAGCGAGGGCAGUCGCACCAGCCACUCCUUUACCACAACUGGUUGCUCAGUGCCAUCCUUGAAAAAGCUGGCCCUUCCUGCUAGUUUCAAGCGGGACCUGAACCGCCAUAUUAGCAGUAAAGUCAAAGGAGUAGCCCAUGAGCCCAACCUCAACAUUGCACGCCGUUUCAGAAAUGUAAGUGGCACACGUGAGACUGAGAAGGACAUUGGACUUAAACCCACCCUACGUCAGCUCAUUAGCUCCUCUGCCUCAAGAAGAAAUGUGAAUUGGGACCAGGUAUAUCAAGAGGUCCAUCGCAAAAAACAGGAGCAGGGCAAGGGUUUGCCAAGGUUUGGAAUAGAGAUGGUGCCCAAUGAGCCUGAGGGUGCAGGCCACAUGGAAGAUGAUGAUGUUCCUCUCUAUGAAGGCUUCCAUUGGGACUCUGUAGCCGAUGGCAGCCCAGGAUCUGCAUUUCCACGCAAACGCAGCAUGUCAGAAAGCAGUGUGGUCACCCAUGGCACCACAGCCUCCAGUUCAUUCCUCAGAGCUGCAGAUCCGGCUUCUGACAUGAACUUAGCAGACAGUGCCGUUCAGGCUGUUCACUCACCCAUGGAGGAGGAUUGUGCUGAUCAAAGGGAUAGUAAGGCCAUAGCCCAGGCCAGAGAACACAUGAAGGAAAUGGAAGUACAAAAGCCUGUCCAGGACCUGGAGGCUGUGGAUGGGGAAAGUUGCAUGUCAAGUACUGAGCUGAAUGGUGGGAAGAAACGCAGAGCUGUGGGGGAUGUGGCAUCUCCAGAAAUUCAUAAUUCAGAGAGGAAAAAUAAGAGGAUAAAAAUCAAGCCUAAGAAAGAAUGCUCUCAGUUGGAUGAGUUAUUGGCUGUUUCUUUGCGAGAGGAGGAACUGAACAGCUCUCUGCAGUCAGUGGAUAAUAGUUUGAUCCAGGCUCGGUCAGCCCUGCAGUCUGCCUACAUGGAAGUGCAGCGUCUGCUGAUGCUCAAACAGCAGGUAACCACAGAAAUGAGUACGCUGAGGACCAAACGUAUAGAAAUUUUACAAGGCUUACAAGGAGUUUCUGAUUCUUCACUAAGAACAAAUUACACUGAUGAGAACCUGACCCCGGCACCAAUUCUUCCAUUGCCCUCUUUGGCCCUGCCUGAACAUAUUGAUAAGCCCACUAAUCCACCUAUGGCUCCCUCCAUUCUCUCACCAUCACCUGCCUGUAGCCCGCCUCGUUUUGCAAUCAAACAGGAGCGUUUGUCGCCUGUGACCGUCACACCGGCACAAGAGCCUACAGACAACCCACUUUCUGGCCCUCACAGUACCACACCAGAACAAUCAGCUGCUGUCUCCACUGAGACUGGUGUUGAGUUCAACGGUUUCGAUGCCAAUUUACAGUGCAACCUUAAUGUAAAACUGUGUCAGGAGAAUAAGAAAUGUGCGGAGGAUCAUAAUUUACAGCUGUCUCCUGUUCCCCAAGCUCAUCAUGCCUCUCAGGAGUAUACUUUAGACCCUCAACCCUCCCCGAACUCCGUUAACCCAUCACUUAACCAAGUCUCUCUCAAAGUCUCUCCACCACGCAACAGCCCAGAAGCUAAGGCUGGAAAACGUGUAAGAAAGCUGAAAAAGAAGAGGGUCCUAAGGAAUGCCCAGGGAAGCAAGCAGCCUGAGAUCAGUGACUCUGAGCUAGAUGCAAGCCAACCGACCCGGCCUGUUCGCAAGCUGCGACAUCGUAGACGCACUAGUGGCUCCUGUUCCUCUCCCCCUGCUGCUGCAAUAGAAAAAGAGGAGGCCAUGGAGCUAACAGCUUCACCAGAUCCUCAAGAGACAAAGGGACCAACUCAGGCUCUGAGAAAGAAACCUCAGGACACUGAAUCCUCAGAGCUGGAGAUAGUGGAGCUCCCACCAUCUUUACCUACAUUAGUGGUUAAUUUGGACUCCUCUGAUGCCGAAGAGAAAGAAAGCAGCCUUUCUCGAGUCUCCAAAGAGUCUGUUACUGAGGUGACACAAAGCCAGAACCUUGCAUGCAAUGAAGUUACCUCCACCAGUGAAAUUGACACCACGAGUGUCAUCACAAGCUGUGGAAGUUCAAAAAAUGUGACUCUGACAGUUAUGAAGGAGUCCAAAGCAUCUUCUGAAGCAUCGUCAGAUGCAUGUGAAGAGGUGAUGCCGACUGAGGGCUCAUUUGAAGGCCAUCAGGAGGCAGUAAACGGAAUGCUGGUUCAUAAUGGCCUGCUGUAUACUUGCUCAGGAGACCGCACUAUACGAUCCUUCAACUUGAUGAGUCGUAAAUGUGUGGCAGUGUAUGAUGGACACAGCAGUAAGGUGAACUGUCUGGUCGUGUCAUCUGGACCUGGUUUGCCACUACGACUCUAUUCUGGAUCUAGCGACCAAACCAUUCGCUGCUAUAACAUCAAGACCCGAGAGUGUAUGCAGCAGCUUAACCUCCCUCACCGUGUGCUUUGUCUCCAUAACCGUUGGAAAGUGCUUUAUGCUGGACUGGCCAAUGGCUCAGUGGUCACCUUUAGCCUCAAGAAUAAUAAGCAGCUAGAUGUGUUUGAGUGCCACGGGCCACGGGCGGUGAGCUGCUUGGCUACGGCACAGGAGGGAGCACGGCGCGUGUUACUCGUUGGCUCUUAUGACGCCACCAUCAGUGUAAGAGACUCCAAAAGUGGCCUGCUGCUGCGUACCCUGGAGGGGCACACUAAAACAGUCCUCUGUAUGAAGGUGGUGAAUGAUCUAGUCUUCAGUGGAUCCAGUGACCAGUCUGUGCAUGCACACAAUAUACACACAGGGGAGCUUGUGAGGAUCUAUAAGGGCCAUAGUCACGCUGUCACUGUAGUGGCCAUACUGGGGAAAGUGAUGGUCACCGCAUGUUUGGACAAGCUGGUCCGUGUGUAUGAGCUACAGUCUCACGACAGGUUACAGGUCUAUGGAGGACAUUCAGACAUGGUGAUGUGUAUGAUCAUUCAUAAAAGUAUGAUCUACACAGGUUGUUAUAAUGGGAGUGUACAGGCUGUCCGGCUAAACCUGAUGCAGAACUACCGCUGCUGGUGGCAUGGAUGCUCACUGGUUUUUGGUGUAAUGGAGCACCUGCAGCAGCACCUGUUGAAUGAUCACACCAGCCACAGUCAGCAGACACUGAAGUGCCGCUGGAGGAACUGUGACUCCUUCUUCAACUCCCGCAACGGCUUCAAACAGGCUGUGCAAGCUCACAUGCAGAAACAUGCAGAGGAGGACAGUAAAUUGGAGUCCUAAGGGGUCCUAUAAAGGUCAACCUAGAUAAUCCAAAUAACCUCCUCUUCUCCCAUAUUGGGAAGAUCUCAUCUACACCUCAGGAUAGGAGCUCUUUCCUUGUGCAAUCCUUUUUUUCUAUGUGUAAUCAGAUACCAGCAGCUAUCAUCUUAAAGGGAGAGAACAAUUUACUGUGACGGUUUUAGAUGCCACUUCAAAAUACUGGUGAUUUUUAGCUGAAAUAGCCAUUUGUGGAUAGAAAGUACAGACAGUGCGGUCUCUGUUAGGACAUUUUCAGAGCAAUGCUCAUAGGCUUCCAUCACGAUCACCUUUUUGCUUAGUGGAUGUGUUGGAGGCUUUUGGCAUCCAAAGGUUUCUUCACAUUUUUAUUAUUAUUAUUCUUUUUUUUUUUUUUUUUUAAGAUGAAAGUUCUUCCCUUAUAGUGGAGCUGCUGGUAUUCUGACCAUGCCAGUUUCUCUUUCCUCUUAUCCAUGUACACUGUAAUCUUAUCUCUUUGUGUGUAGCUUGACUUUUUGUUCGCACACCAUAUGAUAAUUGUGUCAUCUUCAAGAAAAAGAUAACAGAUGUACAGGCAGUGGAUAAAAUAUCUCUUCCAUCUUUUUACAUGAUGGUACAAAGUAUUAUCAGCUCGGGGAACUAAUGACCAAAUAAAGACUAAGAAUAAAAAGAAAAAAAAAAACGAACUGUGUGGAAGAAAAAUUUCAACAGACCAGAAGAGUGGUUGCUGCUGUCCCUCUGGCUAAAAACCACACAUUUGUUUAUUACUGUGUAUGGCAUGGGUUUCGGGAUGAUAUUCAUUUGGAGUGUUUUGUGGUGUAAUAGAAUGGUGUUAUUGAGCAAGAAAAGUGUUUUUUGAAGACCCCUUAUUCCUUAUAAUUCACUCACAGUUCAGAUAAUGACAUUGUUUCACAGUUGUUUUAUGGAUAAACAAGGUAGGAUAACAAGGAUUUAGGGAAACAUUUUUCAUAGCUUACUUAAGAACCAUAACCUUUUGUUUUUUAAGAUUUCUGAAAGGUGGUCAGUUUUAUAAAAAAAAGUUUUUUCUUCAGAUUUGAUUGUUUUUUCUUUUUCCACCACUAUUUAAAAUAGUGGUUUUAUAUAGGCCUAUAUUUUGUUUAUGCAAGAUGGUUUUGUUUUCAGAUUUUUUUUCUUCUCUUUUUUUUCACGUGGAGGUUAAGAUACAGAGUUUGCCAUAAAUGAAAGAUCAGUGUUUAAGGACAUUCGUUUGCUGUGAUUGUGACAGGUCCUGAGUUAUGACAGUCAGUGUGUAUAACCUGCUGUGAGCAGAAUGUGUGGGAGUGUGCCUAUGUAAUACAGUGCAGCAUUGCUGAUUUUUUUCUUUUUUUUUGUUUUUUCACACAGUAAUUCUCACACAAAAUUGAGAUCAGUGUGUAUGGGGCUCCGCCCUUUGUUUCUUUAAAAAUCCUUUUAUGGACUUUUAUAUGAAUGUGGGAGUAGGUGCAUGCAAUCUUGCUCUAAAGCAUACUUAUGACUGAAGGUGUGUGUGUGUGUGUGUGUGUGUGUGUGUGUGUGUGAGAAAGUGUGUGGGCGUGUUUCGCAAGUUGUUAAAGCGGUUAUUGUGAUAGGUGUUUUAUGGAGUUGAGAGCAGAGUACCAGAAUCCCUCUCCUAUGCCAUAGCACUCGGUCAUGUAGGCAGCACAGACCACCACACCCAGUGAUACGUUACAGAUAGUGUUCAGUUCAGCUAUUUCAGUUACAUCAUUUCUAAUUUAAAAUAAGGACUGUACUUUUUAAAGUCUGUGCCACAAUGAGCUACAUUUUAAUUACUUUACCCUACUCUCUAAAGAGAUUCGAUUUUAUUCUACGAUGUAGCAUUGUGCCGCAACUUUUUUUUUUCACUCACAAUCCCAUUGACCGUACAUCUUUUUUUCAAUAAGCAGUGUGUAGCAUUCGGGGCAGUGUGUCAACCUCUUCUCUGGUCUUCCAAAAGUUGGUUUGUUUUUGUUUGUUCAUUUCCACUGAAUACCUUGUUAUAAUAAACAUACAUUUACAGUUUUGACACA